AAAUCAACCAAUUUAUCACUUUAAGAAGUAAGAUUAAUGAAUUAGAAAAAACAAAAAGAAACAGAAAGCAAUAUUGAUAUUUUUAGAUUGCUUUCAGAUGGAAUAAAGAGUUAUGAGCAAAAAGGUUUGAAUCUUAAAUUAAAAGAAAAAUCAUCUAAUACUAAACUGCCAUAUUGCUUAUACGAAGAUUUAAAGAUUAUAUUUGAGUUUAGUUAAAAUUCGGAAUCGAAAUUAACUGUCUUUAAGUAGCUUGCAAGUAAUUAGUUAUCUCAUAGAUCAGAAGAUUCAAUAAGGAGUCGUUAUAGAGAUUUCAUUUAAGAAUUAAAUCCUUCUGAUUUUUAAAAUAUUUCAAAAUAUGUUAUUGAGAAAAGAUCCAUUGAAGGAUAUCUUGUAAAAGAGAGAGAUGAGCAUGGAAACAAAACAUAUGUUGUAAAGGAUCAGUUAAAAACAACAAGUAGCGAAAGUAAAUCUUAAAAGAAUCCUUCAAAAAAGACUGUUGAACAAUAAUAAAGUAAAAGUAAAGAAGAAAUAAAAUUGCCUUUGAAGAGAAAGCCUGAAAACGUACCUGAAAUUCUUAUAAAUGGAAAAAAAUAACUCAAAUCUACCAAACCAGAUAAUCAUUAAAAGGAGCCUGCACAAAAGAUUAAACAAUAAGAUCAAAAUAACUUAGAAGAGGAAGAAGAAAAAGAGUUUCAAUACAAAAAGACUUAAAAAAAUAAAAGCUAGAUAAAUUAAGUAAAUGAAGUUGAUUCAAGAAAUAAAAAGAAUUAAAAUAACUAAAUGGAAGUUCAAUAACCAUAGCCCAAGUAAAAUCAAUAGCAAUAACAACAAGCUUAAGCUCAUAAAAUAUCUAAUUAACUGAGUGAGUAGGAAUAUAAAGAUGCAAGGGAGUUAGAUGUCUAUAUUCACUUCCUAGCUAAUUAUGAAAAUGUACAAAAAAAGAGUUUGAUCCACACUCUAGACAAGCUAUCUGGAGAUUUCAAUUAACUUGUUGACUAUUUAUAAACUCAAAACCAUAAUUUACUCUGGAAAGAAGACGAAGACGAAGUCUUACGCAAUUUUAGUGAGCAAUCAUCUCAAACUAUCUACCUACUUAAAACCUUAAAAAAAGGAAAAGAAAAUAUCUUAAGAAGAGCUACUUAUCUAGGCAUAGAACUCCCAGAUUUUGAAUGA